AUGAGCGAGGGCAGCGCGGGCGACCCGGGCCACGGGUCCAGCCGGCAGCGGGCCGUACACCCAGAGAACCUGUCUCUAGGUUCCAACUGCUUCUCUCCGCCUGUGAACUUCCUUCAAGAGCUGCCAAGCUAUCGGUCAGUGGCACGUAGGCGGACAAACAUCCUCUCUCGGGACAAGCAGAGUGGCACCCUGCUGAAGCCGACAGACUCUUUCAGUUCCCAGCUGGAUGGAGGAAUCACAGAAAACCUCAACAGCCAAUCCAUCCGCAAGUAUGCGCUGAACAUCUCUGAGAAGCGGAGACUAAGGGACAUCCAGGAAACCCAGAUGAAGUAUUUAUCAGAGUGGGACCAGUGGAAACGGUAUAGCAGCAAGUCCUGGAAGAGGUUCCUAGAGAAAGCGCGAGAGAUGACGACCCACCUGGAACUGUGGCGCAAAGACAUCCGCAGCAUUGAAGGGAAGUUUGGCACGGGGAUCCAGUCCUACUUCUCGUUCCUGCGGUUCCUGGUGGUGCUGAACCUGGUGAUAUUCCUGAUCAUCUUCAUGUUGGUUUUGCUCCCAAUCAUACUCACCAAGUACAAGAUCACCAACAGCACCUUCGUGCUCAUUCCGUUCAAAGACAUGGACAUUCAGUGCACACUGUAUCCAAUAAGCAGCUCUGGGCUCAUCUACUUCUACAGUUACGUCAUAGACCUGCUGUCGGGCACGGGAUUCUUGGAGGAGACCAGCCUUUUUUAUGGACACUAUACCAUCGAUGGUGUAAAAUUUCAGAACUUCACAUAUGAUCUGCCCUUGGCUUACUUGGUAAGCACGAUCGCCUACCUGGCCCUGAGCCUCCUUUGGAUAGUGAAACGGUCGGUGGAAGGGUUCAAGAUCAACCUGAUUCGGAGCGAGGAGCACUUUCAGAGUUACUGUAACAAGAUCUUCGCUGGAUGGGACUUCUGCAUCACCAACCGCAGCAUGGCCGAGCUGAAGCACAGCAGCUUGCGGUAUGAGCUCAGAGCAGAUCUGGAAGAAGAGAGAAUACGACAGAAAAUAGCAGAAAGGACCUCAGAGGAAACCAUCCGCAUUUACUCUUUGAGGCUGUUUUUGAACUGCAUUGUGCUGGCUGUGCUAGCAGCAUGCUUUUAUGCAAUCUACCUAGCAACUACCUUCUCCCAAGAACACAUGAAAAAAGAAAUUGACAAGAUGGUUUUUGGGGAGAACCUGCUGAUAUUGUACCUCCCAUCCAUUGUGAUUACAUUGGCCAAUUUCAUCACCCCAAUCAUCUUUGCCAAGAUCAUCCACUACGAAGAUUACUCACCAGGCUUUGAGAUCCGCCUGACGAUUCUUAGGUGUGUCUUUAUGCGGCUGGCCACCAUCUGUGUACUGGUGUUCACGCUGGGAUCCAAGAUCACAUCCUGUGGUGACAGCACGUGUGAACUCUGCGGCUAUAACCAGAAACUCUACCCGUGCUGGGAGACGCAGGUGGGACAGGAAAUGUACAAGCUGAUGAUCUUUGACUUCAUCAUCAUCCUGGCUGUGACGCUGUUUGUGGAUUUCCCUAGGAAGCUCCUGGUGACCUACUGUGCCUCCUCUAAGCUGAUCCAGUGCUGGGGGCAGCAGGAGUUCGCCAUCCCGGACAAUGUCCUGGGCAUCGUGUAUGGGCAGACCAUCUGCUGGAUUGGAGCCUUCUUCUCCCCACUCCUCCCUGCCAUCGCCACCUUGAAAUUUGUCAUCAUCUUUUAUGUGAAGGAGUUGAGCCUUCUCUACACCUGCAGGCCCUCCCCACGCCAGUUCAGAGCAUCCAACUCUAACUUCUUCUUCCUGCUGGUGCUGCUGAUUGGGCUGUGCUUAGCGAUCAUACCUCUGACCAUCAGCAUGGCUCGCAUCCCUUCUUCAAAAGCCUGUGGACCAUUUACCAACUUCAACACCACCUGGGAGGUUAUCCCCCAGACUGUGAGCACCUUCCCCAGCUCGCUGCAGACCCUGAUCCAUGGCAUUACAUCAGAAGCAUUUGCAGUGCCUUUCUUCAUGAUCAUCUGCCUUGUCAUGUUCUACUUCAUUGCGCUGGCUGGAGCACACAAGCGGGUGGUUGUACAGCUCCGAGAGCAGCUGUCCCUGGAGAGUCGUGACAAGCGUUAUCUUAUCCAGAAACUAACGGAAGCUCAGAGGGACGUGCGGAGCCAGCCAGCUUCAGCCUGAAGAUGCUGCCUGCAACGUCUCAGUACAUAACUCUGACGACCCUACCAAGUCCACCUGGGGUUUGGAGUGGAAAUGACGUUUGGUGACUUAGCCAAGCAGGCUGACCCCCAGCCUGACCCCCAGGGUGUGGUGGCUCGUUGUGGACUCCACCAAAACACUAACUUCCGCUUCUCAGCCUCUCAAGACCAGAUAACGGAGACUUUUAUUUAUUUAUUUUUUGUUUAGACUUCUUUAAUUUUUUUUUAAAAAGUUUGUGUUGUUUUUUAGAAUAAAACUGAGAUUUCUUUGGAAGCCUUUCCAGGCUCAGGGAAUAUCCUCUCAAAUGCCACAGGUGACUUAAAAUUAAACCUGACGUCUUUUUUCAAAUGAACAGGAAUUUUCAGAUGCUAAGGCUUAGAACAGCUGAUAGGAAUGUCGAGAGGCCAUUAUGGCAGCAGAAAGGAAAUCCAUCCCUGCUGUGCA